AUGCAUUGGGUCUAUAUCCUCAAGGAAGAGCAACGAUUCUUUUUUGAUGAGAAAGAAGCUUUAGAUUUCAUCUCAACGAGUAAUCAAAACCCAUACUUUAGAAGAGUGAAGUUUGAUGUCUCAGCGAUGGAGAAAAAUGCUUCCAAUCUAGUGAAGGCGGAAUUUAGAGUCUUCCGCUUACAGAAUCCAAAAGCUCGUGUAUCAGAACAACGGAUAGAACUGUAUCAGAUGCUCAAAAACAAAGAUCCCACAUCACCUACACAGCGUUAUAUUGAUAGCAAGGUUGUGAAGACAAGAGCUGAAGGCGAAUGGUUAUCUUUUGAUGUAACUGAUGCUGUACAUGAAUGGCUCCACCACAAAGACAGGAAUUUGGGACUUAAGAUCAGUUUACAUUGUCCAUGCUGUACAUUUGUGCCUUCAAAUAAUUAUAUUAUCCCAAAUAAAAGUGAAGAAUUAGAGGCAAGAUUUGCAGGUAUUGAUGACCACCCUUAUUCCAGUGGUGAGAAAGCUUUAAAGUCCGGUAGGAAAAAAUACAGUGGGAAGAACCCACAUCUUCUGCUAAUGUUAUUACCCUCCUACAGACUUGAGUCGCAACAGUCCAGCCGGCGGAAGAAGCGUGCUUUAGAUGCUGCCUAUUGUUUUAGGAAUGUGCAAGAUAACUGCUGCCUGCGUCCAUUUUAUAUUGAUUUCAAGAGAGAUCUUGGAUGGAAAUGGAUACAUGAACCUAAAGGAUACCAUGCAAAUUUCUGUGCAGGAGCUUGUCCCUAUUUAUGGAGCUCAGAUACUCAGCACAGUAGAGUACUUAGCUUGUAUAACACAAUCAAUCCAGAAGCAUCCGCAUCUCCGUGCUGUGUAUCCCAGGAUCUAGAACCGCUCACUAUCUUGUAUUACAUUGGCAAAACACCCAAAAUUGAACAGCUUUCAAACAUGAUUGUAAAGUCUUGCAAAUGCAGCUAAGGGAUGUAUGGAAGCAUUUUGGAGUGUGUACAUUUUUUUUCUCUGGAAAGUAAGGAAGAAAAAGAAACAUUCAAAAAGAAAGAAACGGAAAGAACACAUCAUCCAUGUUUUUUUUUUAAAAAAGAAAAAAAGCGGUACUAGUCCGAAUGGAUUGAGAGUUUAUUUCAUUGUUUUGUGUUUUGUUUUUAAACAGUCAUCUGAUGCAAAACCGUGAAGACCUUAUCCUACAUUUCAUCUACUUGGUUAGUGAGAUAGACAAGAAGCAUUUUUUAGGAAAGCAAAAAUACUAACAAGAAAGAAAGAAAAAAGAAAGAAAAACCUUUUUAAAAAUAAACACUGGAAGAAUUUGUUAAGAGUUCUUAUGUGAAAGGAAAAAAACAGGAAAAACCCCAUUAAGUGGAGUUGCUGUAUCUAUCCCGUGGCUUACUUGAUCUUUGUAUUGUUAUGCCAUAGAUACCCUAUCUGUUCCUUGUAGUUUUUAGAAUUAACAGUGCAUUAUUUAUUUUUGUGUAAUACGAUCAAACAAGAAUAUGUAUUGCCAUAGGGUUUGGGGGACAGAGAAGAAAAACAGAAAUGUUCAGACCAAAUAAAUGGCUAGAAAUGUGUUUAAUACCUGGGGAACACAAACUCGGAAAUAUUCUGAAAUCAAUGAUUAGUUUAACCCAGUUAAAACAGAACUCUGUUGUUUCGUUAUUAAGAACGUCUACUUCAAAAGAAAAGCCACACACACCUUGUUUUCUUGCCGAAAGCCUAGGAAGGCUUCUAUGUAAAGCCUUUUGCCAUUCUUUUAAUACUGAAGAGGUUAUUAAUAAAGGACGUUUUGUUUUCGUCUCAAAGACAAGUCUAUUAAGAUUAAAACAACAACUACAAAUGAAUAAACAAUCAAUUUAGUAAGCCAGUGAAAUAUUUAACAUGUACUGGUCUCAUCUUCAGACCCUAAUAUGUUGCUGUAUAACUAUUGCUUUGAGAUUGUUUUUGGUAUAUGUAACCACACCUAUAGUAUUAAAAUAGGGUGGGUAGUAAGAAGCCAGCUAAUUUGGAAACAUAUCUGUAGAUCUCUAUUGUAAACUAUUAAAAAAUUAAGUACUUUAUGUGUAAUGUGUAAAUUCUCACCAUAUUUUUGUAUUCUGUUAAUACUGUCAACUCUGAAGAAUUUGAAUUUGGGGGCUCUUGUUGAUUACUCAGAAUCAUGUGCUUCCCUUGAGCUGGCCAGUAUAAGUAGAGUCCCCUGUACUUUUAACUUGCACUACAAAUACAUGUUUUAUAAUAUUUGCUAUACACGCGUUUUGUAUGUUGUUUUUCAUCUUUAUGACCUAAGUUACCUUUUCUUCCUUUCAGCCUGUAUGUAGACAGAGGGAUAGAUUUAAAUAUUGUUUUGUAUAAAAUGUAUAUAUCUUCAAACAUCUUAAAACUCUGAACUUCACACCUUUCUGGAGUUGGGGGAUGGGAUGAGACCAGAGUCUGCCUUUGGCCAUCUUGUUCCGCUCACAAGCAGUUAGUCCAGAGACAGGAUCUGCCAGAUCAGAAGGCACCGAUGGCCU